AGCUCUCAAGCUCCAAACCACCAUCCCAAACCACAACCAUGCCCGUACGUCCCUCCCCAUAUCCCCAUAUCCCCCACAUUCUCUCUCCCCUCUAACACAAACCCACCCAGGCCUACAACUCGAUCUUCAACGACGAGCCGCCCCAAAAUAUCCAACUAAUCGGCAACUUCCCCCUUCUGCCCCUACGCACACGCACCAGGGGACCCGCCUACACACUCCCUUUGGACCCGUCUCUCGCACCCCAUCUCUCGCCCGAGCCGGAUUCCGAGGGCUACGAUGCGCUCGAUGAGGUGCUAGGGCUCUUCCGCGCGAACACGUUCUUUAGGAACUUUGAGAUCCAGGGGCCGGCGGAUAGGCUGUUGAUUUAUGGCAUUUUGUGGGUUAGUGAGUGUCUGGGGAAGAUAAGACCUACGUACUCGCCUAGGUAAGAGGAAUUCUAUUUCGUUUGGGAAGGAGGUUGUGGAUUAGUUGGAGAUGGCGAUGUUGAGUGCGGCAUGGGAUCGGCAAGAUGGGAGUAAGGAUGGUAGAAGAUGGAUGGAUGGACUGAAGGAGAAUUACAAACUCCCUGAACACCUGUUUCAGAUCUAUACACACCACAAUACGCAGCUAACACAUCACUACAGAGAAGCCCAAAAAGAAGUGCAAAACAUAGCACUAGACACCAACUUCUCCAUCCCAGGCGACCCAGGAUUUCCACUUAACCAAGUAUGUCUUUCUCUUCCUCUUCCCCCUUUCCAACUCAUUUCCCCUUCAUAGGAAAUUCUAACCAAAUCCCCUCUCAGAUGUUCCAACCCCCUGCCUCCCGUCAAGAAGCCGAAGUCCUGCGCCAAUACCUCUCCCAAGUGCGUCAAGAACUAGCCUCCAGAUUAUUGGCAAGAAUAUACGAGGACGGGAGUGACAAACCCAGUAAAUGGUGGUUGAGCUUUACGAAGAGGAAGUUUAUGGGGAAGAGCUUGAGUUAGGGGGUUACUGAAGUGAAUGGGAAUGUCACAGCUUGAGG